AUGAAUUUUUUGGGGGUCUCUGCCCCUCCCCCAGGCCUGACCCCCCUGCACGUGGCCGUGGCCUCGGGGUCCCGCGAGAGCGUCCUGCUGCUGCUGGAGCACGGCGCCGACGUCGACGCCGGGGACAUCAAGAGCGGCCGCUCGCCGCUGCUGCACGCCGUGGAGAACGACAGCCUGGAGAUGGCCGAGCUGCUGCUGCAGCGCGGGGCGAGCGUGAACGCGCAGUCGUACGCGGGCUGCACGGCGCUGCACGCGGCCGCGGGCCGGGGGCUGCUGCGGCUGCUGCGGCUGCUGCUGCGCUGCGGCGCCGACUGCGGCCUGCGCAACCUGCACAACGACACCGCCGCCGCCGUCGCUGCCAGCGCCCAGGUGAUCGACAUCCUGCGGGGCAAAGCCUCGAGACCCCCCCAGGACCCCCCGGGACCCCCCCAAGGCAGCGCCUCCGAAGCCACGCCCACUUCCGCACCCGCAGCCAAUGAGGUGGAAGGGGCGGGGCCUCUGCCGUCGUUGAGGGGAGCGCAGGGAAGCUCCGCCCAGCAGCAGAGCAGGGACCAAUCAGAGGCGGCGACGGGGAGGCCCCGCCCCGUGGCGCCUCAGAGGCUCCGCCCACGAGAGGGGCGGUGCCAGGGAAGCAUUAAUGGCGCGCCGCCAGGGGGCGCCAACGCCGGGCCGGCGUGAGGGGAAAUAAAAAAAAAUUUAAA